UUUGGAUGAGGGAUGAGUGGAGACUGGGGCUGUGUAAACAAAGCUUCACUCACUUGAUCGAUGCACAUGAGCUAGCAGUUCAUGUACCUCAACACAGAGAGCAGUUCAACUCCGGACAUUUCACAGUGCACCCCCUGGUAGUGACAGAAGUAAACAGGUGCUGACAGUAUUUUUCUGCCCUACAGAUGAAGGGUUAGCAGGAGAAGCUGUCCCAGGCUGACAUCUCCAGCAAGUGUUUUAGUCCCCCAGCUACACACACAUACAAAAAACAUCAAAUGUCUUCAGGGACCAAAUCCAGGGAAGCUCCUAUCAAUUUUCAGUGAUUGAGAGUCAAAGAUCUUGGACAAAACACAUGAAACAUGUAGCGGCUCACAUCUGAUGUUUGAUUGAGUACAGAUACGGCUGCUGGAAGCUGUGAUUAGGCUGGGGAGGGGUAACUGGAGUGAUGGUUGCCGCUACUAGUUCACUCAAGGACAUUUCCUCACCAGAACGUUUGGUGCAAGUGUUGUAGAGGAGGAGUGUUCACCAGACUUAAAAUCAAAUCUUUUAAAUGGUGAAGAGUGUCUACUUAAAACUGGCUUGAAACUUGGCAGAAUACACAUUUAUCUGGAAUAUAUUUCCAGAAACCAGAUAGAAAAAGAGACAGAAAAACAUCAGACUUCACGUACAUUGUCACUGUAUCUUAUUGUGAUAUGAUCUCAAUUCAGCCUACAGCAGCGUUCCAGAUCAAGAUAUGUUCUCAGGAUUCUUCUUGAAGGUAGAUAUAGUUCAAACUACCAGCGGAAAAAAUUAUUACUACACCUAGAAGACAGGUUGAGAUUAUAAUAGAUUCCUCCCCAUGUUUUCAAGUGACCACGAUGCGGCUAUCCCUUGUCUACAAACUGGUGCUGCCCGGUCUUUUGGUCCUAUACACAGGUGUCAUGUUAGGAUUACACCUGGGUCUUCUACAGAGGGCGGUGGUGGUCGCCAAUGACAACCAACAGUUCCUUCAACAACUCCUGCCAGAGAACUCCAAAGAAAUGGAACCAGUAUACAGGCAUGAAAGCCAUUUUGGUGUGUACAACCAGAAAGACAGAAGACCUCUAAAUGACCUUCAGUCAUACAGGAAGGUCGAACAAGAAAGACAGACUCUAAAGUUGAUGGAGAGUUCUGAUGGUGGUGGGACGCUGCAAACAAAAAGUUCGACAAGUGUUGGAAAUAUCUCCGUUUUUUCUGUUUACUAUGAUAAUAGGCCAACCCUGAAAAAUGGACAGCCAUGUAUGAGGAUAAUCGCACUAAAGCGCUUUAAUAGUGUCGAGAGUUUGAUAUGUCAUUUUAAUUACGGACAUAACACCUGGUUGAAGGUACAUGCUCACAGCUACGAGAUGUGUGAAAACCACGGGAGAUAUUACGGAGGAUGGAUAUUUUCAUGUGAAAUUCCUGAGGAAAUUCUAAACAACACUGUGUUAGAAAAAUUAACUGUGUUAUCGAUUUCAAGUACUUUCCACCCAGAAAAACAAGUUAAAUUAAAAAUAACUGCAAUUACAUUUAAAGAAUCAUUUGAAAAAUCAUCUAGCAGUGUAACCAUUCCAUCAAGUAUACAUUCCCAUUUAAAAUUUGAAAAUUCACAAAAACAGAAAUUUGGUCUUUGCCUUCCUCCAAUAUUUGGUGAUAUUUCGCUAUCUUUAUUAAUUCAAUUCAUAGAACUAUCAAAAAUUUUAGGUUCAUCUCAUCUUACAUUUUAUAUAUAUGACAUAUCAGAUGCUGUAGAGAAAUUAUUGACAUUUUAUGAAGAAGAAGGGGAGGUUACUCUUGUAAAUUGGAAGCUUUCUCCUCAGAUUAACGAAAGAGAAAUCUGGUAUCAUGGCCAAUUACUAGCCAUUCAAGACUGCCUCUACAGACAUAUGGCUGACUUUGAAUAUUUACUUUUUGUUGACCUGGAUGAAUUUCUACUUCCUGUUUAUAAUUAUACGUGGUCUGACAUGGUGCAUUUUUUACGAAAUUUUGAAUCCGAAUCAAAUAAUGUUGCAGGAUUUUCUUUCAAAAGUGCUUUUUUUGACCCUAAACAGGUGCCUGAUCCUUCCCAGCAGCUCACAUUCCUUCAGCUAUUACUGAGAAAUAAAGUCCUUAGCUCUGUCAGAACAAAACUAAUGGUAGCUCCACAGAAAAUAUUUGAGUUAGGGAUCCAUCACGUUAGUAAAACAAUACACAAAGAUAUGAGAAUCUUGGAGGUGGAUCCAGGCAUAGCUAAGAUUCACCAUUACAGACCAUGCAUCAUCAAUUACGAACCAGACAUGAAAUGCUAUUCGGAGGAACGUGAUGAAACAAUACUCAAAUAUGCAACCAAUUUGGUAGAAAAUUACCAGACCAUUAUUCGAGAGACUCUUGAUCUAUUCGUGCCAGACAGGUGAGUGGGCCAAACACAGAUAAUGUUGGCAGACAUAUCGGACAUAAUAUGAUACAAAGGUGUGUCAAAUAUUCUCAUCUCUAAAAUAACCGAAAAUUUACAUUGCUGUAGAAUACAUUUUGCUAUGUGGCCCUUGUAAUGCUAAUAAAUAUCAUGUGAUAU